GAGGAACAGGGAGGGUACCUCGGAAUACUCAUAUGAAAGUUCAUUGGAACUGGAAGAAAUGGAUUUAUCUGCUGUUCGAAUUCAGGAAGUACACAGUGUCCUUCAUGGUAUGCAGAAAAUCUUAGAGUGUCCAAUCUGUUUGGAACUGAUCAAAGAACCCGUUUCCACAAAGUGCGACCACAUAUUUUGCAAAUUUUGUAUGCUGAAACUUCUUGACCAGAAGAAAGGGCCUUCAAAAUGUCCUCUGUGUAAGAAUGAGAUAACCAAAAGGAGCCUACAAGGAAGUCCGAGGUUUAGUCAACUUGUUGAAGAGCUGCUGAGAAUCACUGAUGCUUUUGAGCUUGACACUGGAAUGCAGUUUGCAAAUGGUUUUAGUUUUUCAAAAAAGAAAAAUAAUUCUUCUGAGGAUUUGAAUGAGGAGGUGUCUAUCAUCCAGAGUGUGGGCUACCGAAACCGUGUCAAAAGACUGCAGCAGAUUGAAUCUGGAAAUGCCUCCUUGAAGGACAGUCUCAGUGUCCAGCUGUCUAACCUUGGAAUUGUGAGAUCAAUGAAGAAAAAUAGGCAAACACAACCUCAAAAUAAAUCUGUCUACAUUGAAUUAGAAUCUGAUUCUUCUGAAGAGACAGUAAAUAAGCCAAUUGGUUGCAGUGUGAGAGACCAGGAAUUGUUACAGAAUGCCCCUCGAGGAGCUGGAGAUGAAGGCAAGUUGCACUCUACAAGAGAGGCUGCUUGUGAACUUUCUGGGGGCAUAAGAAACAUUGAACAUCAUCAAUGCAGUGAUAAAGAUUUGAACCCAACUGAGAAUCAUGCAACUGAAAGGCAUCCAGAACAAUGUCAGAGUAUUUCUGUUCCAAAUGUGCGUGUGGGGCCAUGUGGCACAGACGCUCAUGCCAGCUCAUUACAGCAUGAGACCAGCAGUUUAUUGCUCACUAAAGACAGAAUGAAUGCAGAAAAGGCUGAAUUCUGUGAUAAAAGCAAACAGUCUGGCAUAGCAGUGAGCCAGCAGAGCAGAUGGCCUGAAAGUAAAGAAACAUGUAAUGACAGGCAGGUUCCCAGCACUGGGGAAAAGGUAGAUCCAAAUGUUGAUUCCCUCUGUGGUAGAAAGAAGUGGAAUCAUUCGAAAAGUCUGUGCCCUGAGAAUUCUGGAGCUACCACCGAUGUUUCUUGGAUGAUGCUAAAUAGCAGCAUUCAGAAAGUCAAUGAGUGGUUUUCCAGAACUGGUGAAAUGUUAACUUCUGACAGCGCAUCUGACAGGAGGCAUGAGUCAAAUGCUGAAGCAGCUGUUGUGUUGGAAGUUUCAAACGAAGUGGAUGGAUGUUUCAAUUCUUCAAAGAAAAUAGACUUAGCAGCCCCCGGACCCCAUAAUGCUUUAAUGUAUGAAAGUGGAAGAGACUUCUCCAAAUCAGUAGAGAAUAAUAUGAACGAUAAAAUAUUUGGGAAAACCUAUCAGAGAAAGGGAAGCCGCCCUCACUUAAACCAUGUGACUGAAAUUAUAGGCACACUUACUACAGAACCACAGAUAACACAAGAGCAGCCCUUCACAAAUAAAUUAAAACGUAAAAGAAGUACAUGCCUUCAUCCUGAGGACUUUAUCAGGAAAGCAGAUUUAACAGUUGUUCAAAGGACUCCUGAAGAUAUAAAUCAGGGAACUGGCCAAGUGGAGCCAAAUGGGCAAGCAGUGAGUAUUACCAGUAACUUUCAGGAAAACAAAACAACAGGUAAUAAUCUUCAGAAAGAGAAAAACACUCAUCCAAUAGAAUCAUUGAGAAAGGAACCUGCUUUCACAGCUAAAGCCAGAUCUGUAAGCAACAGUAUAAGUGAUUUGGAGGUAGAAUUAAAUAUCCACAGUUCAAAAGCACCUAAGAAAAAUAGACUGAGGAGGAAGCCUUCUACCAGGUGUGCUCUUCCACUUGAACCAAUCAGUAGAAAUCCAAGCCCACCUGCUCGUGCUGAACUUCACAUCGAUAGUUGUGGUAGCAGUGAAGAAACAAAGAAAAACAAUUCUAACCAAACGCCAGCCAGGCGCAUUAGAGCACCUCAACUCAUCGAAGACACUGAACCUGCAGAUGAUGCCAAGAAGAACGAGCCAAAUGAACACGUAAGGAAGAGAAGUGCCAGCGAUGCCUUCCCAGAAGAGAAAUUAAUGAACAAAGCUGGUUUAUUAACUAGCUGUUCAAGUCCUAGGAAACCUCAAGGACCUGUCAAUCCUAGUCCUCAGAGAAAAGGAAUAGAGCAACUUGAAACAUGCCAAAUGCCUGAUAAUACCAAAGAACUCGGGGAUCUGGUCUUGGGAGAAGAGCCCAGUGGCAAACCCACUGACCGAUCUGAGGAGAGCACCAGCGUAUCCUUGGUACCUGACACUGACUGCGACACUCAGAACAGUGUCUCAGUCCUGGAAGCUACCACUGUCAGAUAUGCAAGAACAGGAUCAGUGCAGUGUAUGACUCAGUUUGUCGCAAGUGAAAACCCCAAGGAGCUUGUCAAUGGUUCUAACAAUGCUGGAAGUGGCACAGAGUGCUUCAAGCACCCCUUGAGACAGGAGCUUAACCACAGUCAGGAGACAAGGGAAAUGGAAGACAGUGAACUCGAUACUCAGUGUUUGCAGAAUACAUUUCAGGUUUCAAAGCGCCAGUCAUUUGCUUUAUUUUCAAAACCUAGAAGUCCCCAAAAGGACGGUGCUCACUCUGUGCCCUCAAAGGAAUCGAGUCCAAAGGUGACUCCUAAAGGCAAACAAAAAGAAUGUCACGGACAGGAAGAGUCUGAAAUCAGUCACGUACGGGCAGUUAUGGCCACAGUGGACUUACCUGUGCCCUGUCAGGAAGGUAAGCCAGGUGUUAAUAGAAUGUGUGCUGGGGUUUCUAGGCUUUGUCUAUCAUCUCAUUACAGAAGCGGUGAGAAUGGACUCAGCACCACAGGUAAAUCUGGAAUUUCACAAAACUCACAUUUUAAACAAUCAGUUUCUCCCAUCAGGUCAUCUAUAAAAACUGACAGUAGAAAACCUCUGACAGAGGGACGAUUUGAGAAACAUAAAUCGUCAACUGAAAAGGCAAUGGAAAAUGAGACCCUUAUUCAAAGUACAGUGCACACAAUUAGCCAGGAUAACAGAGGAAAUGCUUGUCAAGAAGCCAGCUUAGGCAGUAUUAAUGAAGUAUGUUCCACUGGUGAAAACUUCCGGGGACAACUAGGUAGAAACAGAGGGCCUAAGGGAAACACCAUGCUUCCAUUAGAUAGUACGCAGCCUGGUGUCUGUAAGCAAAGUGUUCCUGUAAGUGAUAAGUAUCUUGAAAUUAGAAAGCAGGAGGAUGAGGCUGUCGGUAUAGACUUCUCUCCGUCUCUGUUCUCAGAUCAUCUGGAACAACCUAUGAGAAGUGGUAAAAUUUUUCAGAUUUGCUCUGAGACACCUGAUGACCUGUUGGAUGAUGUUGAAAUACGGGAAAAUACUAGCUUCGGUGAAGGUAACAUAAUGGAGAGGUCUGCUGUUUUUAAUGGGAGUGUCCUGAGAAGAGAGUCCAGUAGGAGCCCUAGCCCUGUAACCCAUGCAUUGAUGUCUCAGAGUCUCCGCAGAGGGGCUAGGAAGUUAGAAUCCUCCGAAGAGAGCGACUCUGCAGAGGAUGAAGAUCUUCCUUGCUUCCAACACUUGCUGAGCAGAAUAAGCAACACGCCUGAACUUCCCAGAUGCAGCAGUGUUGUGACACAGCCUAUGUCAGAGAAAGCGGACGGGGCCCGAGCACCAUGGAAGGGUAGCAUCAGUGACUGCAGUAACGAGGUGAUCUUGAUAGAGGCAUCUCAGGAACAUCCCUUUAGUGAAGAUCCAAAAUGCUCUGGCAGCAUGUUCUCUUCACAGCACAGUGCUGCCCCAGGUUCUCCUGCAAACGCAGAGUCCCAGGAUCCCAGUUUUAAUCCACCUUCCAAACAAAGGAGUCACCAGUCUGAGAAUGAAGAAGCUUUCCUAAGUGACAAGGAAUUGAUUUCUGAUAAUGAGGAAAUGGCAGCUUGCCAAGAAGAGGAUAACGAUCAAGAAGAGGAUAGUAUAAUCCCAGAUUCAGCAGCAUCUGGAUAUGAGAGUGAAACGAACCUCUCUGAAGACUGCUCACAGAGUGAUAUUUUAACCACUCAGCAGAGGGCAGCCAUGAAGGAUAACCUGAUAAAGCUCCAGCAGGAAAUGGCUCACCUGGAAGCUGUGCUCGAGCAGCAUGGGAACCAGCCUUCGGGCCACUCCCCUUCCCUCCUAGCUGACCCUUGUGCCCAGGAAGAUCCGGAGCAAAAGAUACCAGGAACAGCAAUUUUAACUUCAAAGAACAUUAAUGAAAAUCCUGUAAGCCAGAAUCCGAAGAGCUCUUGUGAUGACAAAUUCCAACCACAAUCUCCGGAUGGUCCCACCAGUGGAGAUAGUGAGUCAGGGAUGCACAGGCCUUCUUUUACAUCUCCAUUGGCACACAGUAGGUGCUCUGCACACGGCCGCUCUAGGGGUCUUCAAAACAGAAACUCCCCCUCUCAGGAGGAGCUCCUUCAGCCUGUUGAAUCAGAGAAGUCAUGUGAACCACACAACUUAACAGGACAGUCUUGCUUGCCAAGGCAAGAUCUAGAAGGAACCCCAUACCUGGAAUCUGGAAUCAGCCUUUUCUCUAGUAGAGACCCCGAAUCUGAGUCCCCUAAAGAGCCAGCCCACAUUUGCACCACGCCAGCUUCAACCUCAGCCCUGAAAAUAUUCCAAGGUCAAGUUGCUAAGUCUUUUGGGAGUCCAGCUGCCGCUGGUGCUGACACCACAGUGGUGGGAACUGUGAGCAAGAUACAGCCAGAACUGACGACUUCAACAGAAAGAGCGGAUAGAGAAAUAGCCAUGGUGGUGUCAGGCUUGACCCCCAAAGAAGUAAUGAUUGUGCAAAAGUUUGCUGAAAAAUACCACCUCACUUUAACUGACGCAAUUACUGAGGAGACUACGCAUGUAAUUAUAAAAACAGAUGCUGAGUUUGUGUGUGAGCGGACGCUGAAAUAUUUUCUGGGCAUUGCAGGAGGAAAGUGGAUAGUUAGCUACUUGUGGGUGAUCCAGUCCAUCCAAAAAAGAAAACUUCUGAAUGUGCAUGAAUUUGAAGUCAAAGGAGAUGUUGUGACUGGAAGAAACCACCAAGGUCCAAGGCGAUCCAGAGAAUCCCAGGAAAAGCUCUUCAAGAGCCUACAGGUCUAUUGUUGUGAGCCUUUCACCAACAUGCCCAAAGAUGAGCUGGAGAGGAUGCUGCAGCUGUGUGGGGCUUCUGUGGUGAAGAAGCUUCCAUCGCUCACCCAUGACACAGAUGCACAUCCAAUUGUGAUCGUGCAGCCAAGUGCCUGGACAGAAGACAGCGACUGCCCUGAUAUUGGGCAGCUAUGCAAGGCACGUCUAGUGAUGUGGGACUGGGUGUUGGACAGUAUAUCUGUCUACCAGUGUCGGAAUCUGGAUGCCUACAUGGUACAGAAUAUCACCUGUGGCCAUGACAGUAGCGAGCCACAAAACUCCAGUGACUAAUUUAUGAAAUGCUCUGUCCGUGCCUGGGGGCACCGCUCACUCUUCAGUGCUUUCACAUCCCACUUACCAAGUACUUUUCAUGCAUCAGCCUGGAAAAAACAGCUUCUACCUAUGUGAGGGUGCCUUAAAGGUUUCUAAUAAGUCUCCCUUUGAAAUAUGUCUUGAGCACAAAAGGUUUUCACCUGAGAAAACUUUAUUCCACCAAUUGACAAAGUGCUAAUUCAUUGUCUAUCGUCCUUGGAUAUAGAGCGGCUUGGCUGCUCUGAGCUGGGCAUGGUGGGACUUGCCUAUAAUCACAGCACUUGGUGGAAAGAGACAGGGGUGUCAUGAGUUCAAGGCCAGCCUGGGCUAUAUACGCCUGAAAAACAAUAAGCUAGUGGUCCUAAUUUGUUCCUUAUAAAAUCUCAUGUUCAUAAAGGCCAGGAGUCAAGUCCUUCAAGGAUAAGGCUUGAGAUCUGUGAUUUGACUUAAAAUCAGUGCUCCUCAAAGCUCCAAGUUUAAUACCCAGCACCAAACAACACCCAUUUCCCUCCCCCAACAACACCCUGAAUAGGGCUUGGGCAGGUCUUAGACGUUAAGGGACACUGAGGAAAUUGAGAGGCAGAUUAUGUAUUUGAUGUGAAUGUGAGGUUUUUCAAGUGCCAGUGUCAAGGAGAGCCUUCUAAUUCCCCAUAACCGAUGAGCAGCGCGUCUGCUGCAGUAGCUCGGAGUACCCAUUCCUCUUUAAACACAAGGUCUCUGAUAUGAAUAUUUCAUGUCUGUACAAUGAUGGAUUCCACCAGGAGAGGAGCCGUUGCUUUCUUUGAAGUAAUUUCUUCCCUUUUGUUCCCUGUUGCUGAACCAUACUACUUGAUAAAUCAUUUCGCUUGCUGAAGGAAGAGAACAUAUUUUUUAUGAACUCAAUCUCGGACUGUUUAUAGAUACUGGGGGGAGUAGGUCUUCCCUGGCCCCCCAGUGUGUAAGGGCAGUGGAGAUCUGAUUAUACAAAGUAUGUUUAUAAAUGCUGUGCUGUUAAUACUGCAAAUAAA